GACAUCUGUCAAUUUCAUCACGUUGCAAAACAAAAUACGCGUUUUCUUGUCCUUUGUAAAAAACUGUGGUGUUUUCAUCAAUUUUCUGAAUAAUUUCUCAAAAUGAUCAUCCCAAUUCGUUGUUUUACUUGUGGAAAAGUUAUUGGCAAUAAAUGGGAAUCAUAUUUAGGACUCCUACAAGCUGAAUACACUGAAGGUGACGCACUCGAUGCUUUGGGCUUGAAACGAUACUGUUGCCGCCGAAUGCUUCUCGGACAUGUUGAUUUAAUUGAAAAACUUCUCAAUUAUGCUCCACUUGAGAAGUAAAAUAAAACCAUUAUCCAAAUAAAAUAGAAUUAAGAAUCGAAUAGAAUUCAUUUUAAAUAAAUUUCAAUUUAAUUAAAAAUAAAAAAAUGUUUUAACAAAA